GAGCCCGACAGCCAGCUGAUCGGCCUCGGCCUCGAGCACGUGCUCUUCACGUGGGCCUUCACGCUGGUGUGGUUCCUCAUCCAAGACGUCUGCAAGGUACUCCUGUACAAGCUCCUCUACGCCUUCGACCUCGCAGAGAUGCCGCUUGAGGUUGAGCUCGAGGUGUGA